UGAAUCCGAAUGCUACUUUAAACGUAAGCGCUGCUUCCAGUGUUCCAAGUACGGGCAUACUUCGGCCGCUCACCGGGCAGGGACGGUGAAACAUGUUGGGUCGGAGGUGGUCCGUCAGGAGGAGGGCGAUGGUGCAGGAUCUGGGGAAGAGCAGAGUGUGAUGGAGGCAGACACUGAAGAAUGUGACUUUAUCGGGGAGGUUUUUCAGUGUCGGGAGCGGAUUCAUGUGGUGAAAAGCCGGCCUCCGAUCAUGCUGGACAUGUCGCUGGAUGGGCGUGAUGUCAGGAUGGAGCUUGACACGGGUGCAUCUGUAUCCGUCUGUUCGUUCAGCAGGUUUCAAGAGCUCUGGCCGGAGAAGAAACGCCGUCUGCAGCCGUGCAGCCUCAUCCUACACACCUUCUCAGGCGAGCCUUUGAAGGUCCGAGGUGAGGUGCAGAUGGACGUGGUGUACCGGGGAGAGUCGUUUAGCCUGCCCCUGGUAGUAGUUGAUGGGACAGGGCCGCUGCUCUUCGGCAGGAACUGGUUGGAGAGCAUCAGACUGGACUGGAGAACCAUCUGCAUGGUGACGACGCAGACGCUGGGAAGCGGAGUUGAGUCUGUGCUGCAUAAGUACUCUGAUGUGUUUGCGGAUGAGUUGGGAUGUGCGAAGGGGAUUGUGGUAGAUAUCCCGAUUGACCCAGACACACGCCCCAUCUUCUACAAGCCCAGACCGGUACCGCUGGCGUACCGUGCUGCUGUCGACGCCGAGCUGGACCGUCAGAUCCGGGCCGGGCUGCUGGAACCGGUGAAACACUGCACGUGGGCUGCACCGAUCGUCACUGCACUGAAGGCGUCAGGUGAGGUCCGUCUCUGUGGUGAUUAUCGGUUAACGGUCUAG